AUGUCUACUCCUAGAGUUUCUCGCACAGUAUUCCGCGCGAUCCGGUCGCGCGUGGAAGUUUCAUCUGGAAGAUCUUAUACCGCAUCACAAUUCUCAACAAGCUGUCGUAACAAUUUCGGUACUCGGAUUCGAGAUAGCGGUUUGAAGAAUUUUGGAAUCUUGGGCGGGCAGGUGUCUCGACAUGUUAGACAAGUUAGGACAUACUCGCAAGAAACCGAAAAUAAAUCCAAACACUACACAUUCGAAGAUAUGCAAACCCUUACCUCUGCGCCGCACCCAGACACCCAUAUAAUCGAUGUCCGUACGCCCCUCGAAUUACAGCAAACAGGCCGUAUCCCCGGUGCGGUUAAUAUCUCGAUAACGACAAAUCCGGAUGCAUUCAGUAUUAGCGAAGAAGAAUUUGAGGAUCGAUUUGGGUUUGAAAGACCGCCGAAGGGGGAGGAGUGUGUGUUUUAUUGUAAGUCCGGGGUUAGGUCGAGGGCGGCGGCGGAGAUUGCGAAGGGAAAUGGGUGGGUGAAGGUGGGGGAGUUUGAGGGGAGUUGGCUAGUGUGGAGUGCUAAGGGUGGGAAGGCGGAGAAGUGA